UGCUAAGGACGACUCGCUCGAACGACAACCGUCUUUUCGCGAGCACGUUCGAUAGAACAUAUUAGGAGGACGGCCUCUAUCUCCCCUCUCUCGAGUUACGACGUCAAUUCUAGCGGGACACUAGCGAGCUGAAUCGCGCGUCUCUGUCUCUAUACACACCGGCUCGUAUAUAUACCUGCGUAACGCCGAAAAAACCUGGCCAGUCGUGUACGACGCCUGUCACCGUUCCACGCGCGAGUUUUCCUGCGCCGCAUUUCCUCCUUGCUAAUACAUUGACACUUUUUCAACAUUCGUGGACGAUAUCCUUCAUUCUUCCUGCGAGAACUUCUCCAACCAGAUCAUUGGAAAGAAGAUACUGAUUAAAGAAAAAUCGAAGAUUUCCUGUAAUUUAGGAGGAAUUUUGACAAAUUCGAAGGAAAAAGAUUUUUAGGGAGUCUACAGUUUACUAACAGCGUUAGUAAAAGUGGAAUAGUUGGAAAGAUUUUUUAAACGUAAGAAUCAGAAAGUAAAUUAAACUACGCUCGAAGAAUUAGGAAAUAUAGAAAAAGUUGAAGGUUAUGGAAUUGAGAGUUCCUGCGAGACGCAUAAAAGGAAACGAUAGAACAGAUCGUUCACUGACAGUGGCGAAGUAAGUACAACGUCAGGACAACGUCUCGACGUUAACGUCAACGCGGUCGUUUGAAAAGUCCGAAUUCAUCAAGUUUAACACUUUCACGUUUCGAUAUUUUCAUCGAGCUGUACCCAUCAACAACGCUAUAUCUUCUUCGCUGAAUUGAUAAAUUUCCGCAGUUUUCUCUAUACGUUUAACACACAUUUCCUCGCAACGGUGACAGAGCGACUGCCGUGUGAAUUUUAUUACCCUUAAACUAUCUUAAACCUAGUAUAAACAAGCAAUUAACGGUGAUAAUAAAAUAUCAAUCAUUGAAAGACGAUCGAGGAGCUGGGUUUGUGGAAACAGAAGCACGCUUACAGUCCAGUUUCGUGUGUGAGGAUCAUCUAGCGCUGUAUCAAUGAAUCAAUAAAUCAUACUGCACGACAGUAGCCAAGACUCAUCUUGGAUCUCAUAAAUCGUUAUCUCCUGCGAGAUUACUAUUGACUGUAGGAAGGUAAAUAAGAUACGGGAAAGAGGCCGAAAUAAUUCAAGUCUUCAGGAGGAUCGAAUCGGUGAAAAAGCGAUUCGAGGAAGAAGGAUCUUUUCCAAGAGGCUCGUUCGAGAAUGUGAAUUGCAAGUUGAUCAAAGAUCCAACUUUUUUAUUUAUGUUCUUGGCAGAACAAUCCGGAGGCAUCAGCAGUUUCGCAAGAGAAUUCGGAAUUAACGAUCGAGAUUACAGAUUCACCAUGGGGAAAUGUACAAAGUCACAACCUACAGAAAGUCCCAUGCAGGAAUUUAAUAGCAGUACGAAAAUAGCUACUGUCAUGAUCGGAGAAUACAAUGAGAAGGAUGAACUAUACAAUCCCUUCGAACACCGUGAUAAGAAAAAUACCAAUUCAGACUUCGGUGCUUUAGCUCACUUAGUAAAAUCGUCUCUUGGCACCGGAAUCCUUGCUAUGCCAAAUGCGAUUAAGAAUGGCGGAGUAUUAUUCGGUGGAAUCGGUACUAUAAUAAUCGGCAUAAUAUGCGCGCAUUGUGUCCACAUACUGGUUCGUUCGUCCCACGUGCUAUGCAAGAAAACGAAAACACCACAGAUGACAUACGCCGAGACAGCGGAGGCUGCGUUUUUUAAUGGACCAAAAACAUUAAGGCCAUUCGCGAACGCAAGUCGAAUAUUAGUAAAUAUUUCAUUGUGUGCAACUUACAUAGGCGGUACGUGCGUCUAUGUGGUAUUCGUAUCGACCUCGAUUAAACAGGUUGUGGACCACCACACCGGCAUGGACAUACCACUUCGCAUGUAUAUGCUCACGUUGAUUCCUGCGGUAUUGCUGCUGGGACAAAUUCGAAAUUUGAAGUAUCUGGUACCAUUCUCCAUUCUGGCCAAUCUUUCCAUGAUGGUCGGUUUUGCGAUAACUCUGUACUACAUCUUCAGUGGAAUUGAAACACCACAGAACGUAAAGUUGAUAGCGUCGGCCGAACACCUGCCUGUGUUUUUCGCUACUGUGUUAUUCGCCAUCGAGGGCAUCGGCGUUGUGAUGCCAGUUGAAAAUAGCAUGCGGAAUCCGCAACAUUUUCUUGGUUGCCCGAGUGUCCUGAAUAUAACGAUGACUAUAGUGGUAUCUUUAUACGCUAUACUGGGUGUAUUCGGUUAUUUGAAAUACGGGGAAGCAGUUGACGCAACUAUCACGCUAAACAUACCAAUCACAGAAAUCCCGGGACAGAUGGUGAAACUACUUAUCGCUCUAGCGGUUUUGUUUAGCUACGGAUUGCAAUUUACCGUGCCAAUCGAUAUAAUAUGGGGAUUAAUAAAAGAGAAAUUCAGUCAUAAAUAUGAAGGAAUAUCUGAAACAGCGCUAAGAAUGUUCAUAGCUUUAUUUACAAUUGCUGUGGCAUGUCUGGUUCCAAAACUCGAACCCUUUAUUUCCCUAGUCGGAUCAGUAUUUUUCUCCAUUCUUGGCGUCACAAUCCCAGCAAUCGUGGAAACAGUUUCGUGCUGGGAUGGCCACUUGGGUAAGUAUAACUGGAGACUUUGGAAGAACAGUGGACUUUUAAUAUUUUCUCUCUUAGCGCUAGUAUUCGGUUCAUGGAUCUCCAUCACAGAUAUAAUCAAAUUGUAUCAAUAAAGUAAUAACCUAAAUCCAUUUUUAUAAUUGCGUACGCAAAAAAGACUUAAUGUAAAAUUAACACGUUAACUAUGUACGUCUCGUAUCUGAGUCAACAUAUAUACCGCCGUUCAUAAGUAUCAGAAUACUGCUCGUUUCGUACGAAAAUUAAUAUUUGAUGUAGAUUAUCGAUAAAACGGCUACUUCAUCUUUUUAAAAUUCAAAGGGCCGAUUUUGUAUUCACGCAAGAUAAUGAUCUAAGACACAUAAUGGGACUGACAAAAAUUUAGAAUCUUAAUGACUAAACUAACUAAAAGCCCAUUGAAAACAUUUGAAAUGAAAUUAUUAUAGGUAGGAAAUUCUGGCUAAAAUCUGAUUUUAAGAAUUAUUUUAAGAACUGAUUUUAAGAAUAUAUAGUAUUCAUAGAAUCAGAUAACAUUAAAUGUAACAGGAAAAAUGAUGAUACGAAAGAAAUUUUUGAGAUAAUUGUCGAGGAUAUUAUUUUAAUGUUUCACCUACGAAUGCCUUACGGUGUAAGAUUUUUAAUGAGAUAGUAAUUUUUAACGGUUCUAAUAAUUUCUUUAUAAUUAUUUAACUUCUAGUUUUUCGUUAAUGUUCUAAUACUUAUGAAGUGUGAUAUAGACUUACGAUAUACAAUAUAUGUGAUACCUGCUUAUCAGACGUAGAAUACAAAUUAAAGAUCGCGAAAUUUGUAAAAGAAACUUUUAUAAUAAUUUAUGUAAAAAACGUGUAUGUAUAAGUGUAUACGAUAUAAAAAUCGAUUUUGUACGAAAAUUAUUUGUUAGCAUAGAUUAUUAAUAAUAGAAAUUCGAUGAGAAGUGAAUGUAUCGAAAUUAUUAAGACUAGAUCUUUUUUAAGACGCUGUCGAAUAUCUGUACAGUCAUCGUGACAUAUUAGCUAUCAUUAUUUAUCAUUAACGUAAUUCACAUUCCCAUGGAGUAUUUAUUUUUAAGAGUAUUCGUGUACAUUGUGUAUUUAUCUCUGCGUUAUACUUAAGCAUUUUUGUAAUUUACAGAUUUCUUGUAAUUUAAAGAAUAUUGUAAAAUCGUGAAGUAUUAUAAUUAAUUUGGUGAUCAUAAGAUUAGAUCGUAAUGGAAGAAAAAUGGAGAAAGCGUAUCUAAUUUUAGAAAGGAUAAAUAGAUAGGUGUAUUAUAUUUAUUGUAAAUAUUCAAGCUAGAGAUACAAUAUUUUUUAAACUAUGUAGUAUGCUUUGAAGUGAGUUUAGUAAUAAAGUAGAUUAGCGUUCGUGGAUUUAUUGUUAAUGUAGUAGUGGUCGCUUUUUAAAGUUGUAGUAAAUUUCUAAAAAAGAAGGUAAUAUAUUAUUAUUUAUUUACUUGUAUAAACGAAAAAGUAAUUUUCUUGCCUAUGUGUAUAAAUUUUAAUAAACAAUCUAAUAUUUCUAAUUUAAGCGAACAGAUGCGACUGUUACUACAUUAAAUUUGUAAGAGUAAAUAGUAUGCAACAUCAUAAAUUGUAAAUUUAUCACUGUAUAAAACAUUAAACCUAUAUGCAUUUUUUAGAAAUAAUCAAUUAUUUUUAAGCAUUCUAGUGUGCUGUAACUUUCUUUGUUAGCAUCGUGUCUACUGUUCAAAAACAUCCAAACACUUGUUCAAUAUUGGCAACACAUAUUUUAAUCAUAAAAUUCCGGAUAAAUCAAACUGUAAUGAUUUUAUUCUGUAUAAUCGACAUGGCUGUGUAUAAUAGAAUAUGAUGAUACGAUUAAAUUUGCUUUGAAAUAUCAAUGCGCAAUAACAAAACUGACAUUUGUAAUUAUCAAACCUUUCAGAAUUAUUUUAUUAUUUGAGAAACUUUUUACUUUUAAAUCAAUUUUUGACUUGUAAGUCGAAUUAACAUGAUUUUUCUAACUUGAUAAAAAGCCUUUAAAUGUCAAUACAAAUAAUGAUUACAUACUAAACGUAUACAUGUAGUAAAUAACCAAAUGAAUGUAGUAUUGCUACGUUUGUUAAUGGUUAAGUCGUAAAAAGAAACUAAUCUAAACUACACUAAAUUUUCAGAAUACUUAUGAACUGUAGCGUACAUUUAUUGAAAUGCCUCAAAUGCUUGUGCACGUGAGGGUCUCUGUGCGAUAUUAUUGGAUCGUGAAUUUGAUGAUAUUAGUAAGGACUCUGCAAAUGUUGGUUGUGUUUUGCGUUUUGUACAAUUACAAUACAUUACAGCGACGAAAGUCAAAUGAAUUCCAAUCAUCAAAGGAAUUAUGUUUAUAUAUCGAAAAAUUUUUAUUAGACGAAGCGUUUGAUAUGUGAAUCCUAUAAUCGCCAACGUUGGCGUAUUUCCCUGUAAAAUAUUUGUUAGACAAUUAGUUCGUCUAUCGAUAUCUGAGAAAAAUUGUGAUUAUAUUUUUUACAUUUUGAAGUGAUCUGGAGCAUGAUGUAAUGAAAGAUUGUAUUCAUAAGUUAACAUCUGUUUGUAAAAAUGUAUAAUGUUAUUCAAUUUCUUUGUCAGGAUUUUCCAAUGACAACGAAAUAUCAGACUUUCUUAAAAAUGAAAAAUGAAUAAAAUAUAUUGAAUCAAA